ACGGGGCUUGAAGUCGGUCCAGUAUCGCCCGGGGACAAGUCCCCUACCCGGGCUGCUUUCCGCUGGGGCAGCGUCGGAGCCUCCGCCUGCGGCGCACGGCCGGGGAGGCGCGGUUCCUGGAACCUCCGAGGCCAGGGCGAGAUCUGCCUUCUGGAGACUCCACCCAUCCUAAGGGAAGAGCCCAGAAAGAAGAUAUGGCUAUUGGACAGAGGGAAGCAAGGUCUCAAGUGUCACUGACGUUCGAGGAUGUGGCUGUGCUCUUUACACGGGAUGAGUGGAGAAAGCUGGGUCCUUUUCAGAGAAACUUGUACCAGGACGUGAUGCUGGAGAACUAUAGUAACCUGGUCUCAUUGGGACUCCUGUUUUCCAAACCAAAAGUGAUCUCCCUGUUGCAGCAAGGAGAAGAUCCCUGGAAGGUAGAGAAAGAAAGUCCUGGAGGCCCCUCUCUAGGGUGGAAGGGCAGUCACAAAACCACGAAGUCAACUCAAACACAAGAUUCUUCCUUCCAAGAGCUGAUAAUGAGAAGAUCCAAAAGGAAUGGACCCUGGGACUUUAAAUCAGAAAAACCCUGCAUUUAUGAAUACAGAGUAGAGAAAAGGCAAGAGAAAAAAGAAAGUGUCCAGACAAUUUUAGUCACCCACAAAAAAAUCCUUGCUGUAGAAAAAAGCCAUAAAAAUGCUGAAUUUGGCCAAAACUUCAGUCCAAAGUCAGUCCUUGUUAAGCAACAGAUCGUCCCCAGAGAAGAAACACCACCAAAAUGUGAAAUACAAGGAAACCGCUUCAAACAGAAUCCGUAUUUACUUAAUCAGCCAAAAAUCAACACAGCAGAGAAACGCUAUAAAUGUAGUAUAUGUGAAAAAACCUUCAUUAACACUUCAUCCCUUCGCAAGCAUGAGAAAAACCACAGUGGAGAGAAAUUAUUUAAAUGUAAAGAAUGUUCAAAAGCCUUUAACCAAAGUUCAGCUCUCAUUCAACAUCAAAUAACUCAUACUGGAGAGAAGCCCUAUGUGUGUAAAGAAUGUGGGAAAGCCUUCACUCUUAGUACAUCCCUUUAUAAACACCUACGAACCCAUACUGUGGAGAAAUCCUAUAGAUGUAAAGAGUGUGGUAAAUCCUUUAGCAGGAGAUCUGGCCUUUUUAUACAUCAAAAAAUCCACGCUCGAGAAAAUCCCCAUAAAUACAAUCCGGGUAGGAAGGCAUCCGGCCUUCCUGGAUGUCAGAGAAUUCACCUCAGAAAGAAGUCCUAUUUAUGCAAUGAAUGUGGCAACACCUUCAAGUCUAGUUCAUCCCUUCGUUAUCAUCAGAGGAUUCACACAGGAGAGAAACCUUUUAAGUGUAGUGAAUGCGGGAGAGCCUUCAGUCAGAGCGCAUCUCUUAUUCAGCAUGAAAGAAUUCACACUGGAGAAAAGCCCUAUCGAUGCAACGAAUGUGGAAAAGGUUUUACUUCGAUUUCCCGACUGAAUAGACACCGAAUAAUUCAUACUGGUGAGAAGUUUUAUAACUGUAAUGAAUGUGGUAAAGCCUUAAGUUCCCACUCAACACUGAUCAUCCAUGAAAGAAUUCACACUGGAGAGAAACCGUGUAAAUGUAAAGUGUGUGGGAAAGCCUUCAGGCAGAGUUCAGCCCUCAUUCAACAUCAGAGAAUGCACACUGGAGAAAGACCCUAUAAAUGCAACGAGUGUGGGAAAACGUUCAGGUGUAACUCAUCCCUUAGUAACCACCAGAGAAUUCACACAGGAGAGAAACCGUAUCGAUGUGAGGAAUGUGGUAUAUCUUUUGGCCAAAGUUCAGCUCUUAUUCAGCAUCGCAGGAUUCAUACGGGAGAGAAGCCCUUUAAAUGUAACACAUGUGGGAAAACUUUCAGACAGAGCUCAUCACGGAUUGCCCAUCAGAGAAUUCAUACUGGAGAGAAACCCUAUGAAUGUAACACAUGUGGGAAACUCUUCAACCACAGGUCAUCCCUUACUAAUCAUUACAAAAUCCACAUUGAAGAGAACCCCUAGAAAGUAGAUUUGCAUGUGCGAAAGCCUUAAACCAAAGCUCAGCAGAAUACAUGCGUAAAAUACAAAUGUAAUAGAUAGGAAAAAUCUUCCUGUAACCUAGGCCUCAUCAGAUUCCGGAUUCCAAGGAUAAGCCUUGACUAUGUAAUAGAUAAUGAGGAAAGUAGAAAGUGUUCGUGCCUAUCAGGCACUUUUAAAAUAACCUAAAAUGAAGAAUUCACAACCGGAGACCCUUCCGGCAUUUGUAAAAUAAUUGUUCUCUUUCUACAGCAGUGUAUGCUAGAGGUCAUAUGUGAUUGUCAUAAACAUCUGGGUGAGGGGAGGUGUGCCCUGGAUUUUUCAUUAAAAAGACAUAAAUCAGUAAUACUUCUUUUUUACAACUAACAAUAGCAUAUAAAAGAUGCGAUCAAAUUAUACCCUUCUAGAGGAAAGGACCAAAUAAAAGAUAAAAAAAGAAGAAAAAACUAUAAACUACCUCUUAAGUUUCUGGGGUUUGUCCUUUUCCUGACCUGAUGUCAAAUUUUGUGCAUGGAUUUCAUUUACAAAUAGAAAUAAAAGUCUGUUCUCUUCA